AUGAUCAGAACGAACCAUGGCCCAGUGGGGCUGCGACAACCGCGGAAACCCGAGGUCAUCAAGCCGGCUGUUGGGGAGAAGAAGGAUGUGAAAGUCUUCAAGAACUGGCUGGCCUCGAAGAAGGGCGGAAAAAAGGAUGACAACAAGAGUGAUGCCUACCGGACGCUCAUCAAGCAGACGAUGCUACUUGCGGCAGCCAAGAUGGAGAUCGAUGACAUCGCCUAUGGCAGCCCCAACGUCGCUGUUGAUGAGAAGACUGGCCUCUACAGGUCACCAGAGGAAAUGCAGGAGCGGGACGGGCUGGCCCGCGUGAAGAUCGCCACCAUGCAGGAUGGCACGGCCCCGAUUCCGGAUGGCCGGUAUGUGGGCACCGGCAAGCUGAAGAAGACCAGUAGGGCCCUGACGCGACACUUGCUCGUCAAGAGGAGCAAGUACCCCUGGGGCUGGUACAAGUACCGCUACUGGACCCUGCAGUCCGGCAUCAUGAGGGUCUACAGGGCUGAUGGUGCGGAGUAUGCAGGGGAGAGGCACAAGCUUUACAACAUCCGGGAGGCGACUUGUAGGUUUGAGACCAAAGACAUGGUGGGCAUCGAGGAGCCUUUCCUUCCUCGCUACGAGGCCCGGGUGCGGCUGCUCCUGAAGGAGCGCGCCUGGGGACCGGUCUUUCUGUACUCCAAGGAUGUGUCCGAGGUGAAGAGUUGGGAGCGAGCGAUCCGGAUGUCCAAGUACUUGCUCAAUGCCACAGAUCGCGAGGCAAUGGCCUUUGUGAUCGGUAGGGUGGCAGGAUCCAUCAUGACCAAGGGCUGGAACGCCCUUUUCAACUACCACAGAGAGCUGGAGAACACGCGCCGGCUCAUUCGUGGCCUGGCCAUGCGGCUCACCAAGCUGGACCUGAGCCGAGCUUGGAACAAGGCACGCCUGGUGUACUUGCAGAAGAGCCACGACCAGAAGCUGCGAAAGGAGCAGCAGGAUUGGGCCGCCAGGUUCUUGAGGGACAAGAUGGACCGAAUCAACCAGCAGUCUACAAGGUCUCCGGCCAUGAUUCGGCUAGCCGCCAUCAACAAGGUGCAGACAAGGUUCCGACACUUCCGCCAAGACCACAUCUUCGACCGUUCCUAUGCCCUGGGCACCAAUGUGAACACCCGUGUGCAGCAGAUGAUGAAGGGAGUGACGAUGCUUGGCGCCUUCACUUCACUUUCUGCUCAGGAGGUCUUGAAGUUGACAUUGCCGGCUGAAGGAAUGGAGGCCCUGGAGGAUUUCGCCGCGAAGUCCGCGAGCUACUCCGAGGUCAAUGUCAGCUUGCAGAAGAUGACCUUUAACAUCUCUGAGAAUUUCACCAUGCUUUCCUUCUCAGAGGCAGGGGGUGAUGCCUCGAUCCUGGACAGUGCCAGCUGGGGUCACUUUGUGAACCUCAGCCAGAUCAGUUCCGUGGUCCUGCACUCCGAGCGCAGUUUGGCCAAGACCCGGCAAGGGGAGCAGUUGCCUCCCAGCAGCUGCUCGGGGGUUUGGUUCACGUUGCACGGUCCCCGGGUCGGCUGGGGCCGCGCGCUCCGGAUGUUCACAGACCCAGAGACGCAAAAGGCUUUCCAGCAAGUCGUGGGCUCCAGUGAUGGCAACGCCCUGGGCGCGGCUCUGGCCGAUUCUGAAAGCCUCCAGUGGUUCCGUUUGGAGCUUGGCCUUCGUUCCGCCGAUGUGCUGGACCUGCGGAAGGAGCUGCCGGAAGAGGGCCAGGUCGAAGUUUUCGGUGAUGAGGAGAUGGAGUCUUUGCCCAGAUCCGACUUUCAGACCUAUGUGGAAGUGACCAUGCUCGGCCGGCGAUUCCGCAGCACAAAAGCCACCGGAAGCAAUCCUAGGUACCAGGGCCCUUACUCGGGGAAGUUCAUUGCCGAGGUUCCCAUUCCGCCCGGCGAGGGAGGCCUUGCCUGCCUGGACACCUCGGAGGUUGGCAUUGACAUUGUGGAGUGCGAUCCCGAAACGCCCGACAACAACCGGACGAUCUGGGCCGCCAAGCUGCCAUUGUGGAAGCUCUUUGUUGCUGAGGAGGACCUCCCGAAGCCCAUGGACCCGCCACCCACAUCGGCCUUGACGACGCUUGUCGGCGAAGGAGCGCUGACGACCCUGGGCAUCAUGGAGGAGACGCGCGAGCAGGUGCAGUCCAUGACGAAGUCGCUCCGCAGUGGGACUCUGAAGAGCAACCGGCGUAUGUGGCUGCAACACCCCACAGUGAACCUCUCGGACAUCCUCCCGCUCAAGGCCCAUGUGGAUCUAGACGUCUUCGCCAAGGUGAGUCCUAACUCCUUGCUCACAAAGACCCCCGUGUCGCCUGAGCUGCAGGGGCGCGGGUCCACCUGCAGCCUGUUCACAUCACACAAGGCAGCCUGGCUGGAUCCGACUGCUGGCCGGAGCUUGAGUGUGGCCAACAUGGUGGAGCUAAAUAUCCGGGAGAUCGACUUCCCGACGGACGACGUAGUGGAGGAGACCCGGCUCUACAAGUAUCACGUGGAGGCCAGGUGCAACGGAGUUCGUGCCUCCACCAAGGCUUUGUGCCGACCGAAGAAGACCUGGAACGCAAUCCUCCCACUGGAGAGUUCCAAGAUCGACUUCAAGGGCGCGACUAUCUUCGUCCCCCUGCCGCCAGGAAGUUGGAGCAAUGCCGAAACCAUCAAAGUGCGUGUGCAGGUUGUGCGAACGCUGGUCAACGAGGUGCCGGCUGUGAACUUCAAUGAGCUCUUGGCGAGGAAUGGCAAGUCAGGGCCGUACAGUCCUGUCUCCGAAGUGGUGUACCACGCGGACUUGUUCGUGGAUGGCAUGACGCUGGACUUCUCAAGGCAGUCUGCAGGCGUUCUCUUUGCGAAGGCAGGGGCAUCCCCUACCUACUAUGGGGUUGCCAAGGAUGAGCUCAGCCCUGUGGAGACACCGGCCGUGGUGGUAAUGGACAUUGCGCUCCGAGAUCGCGACUACGCCCGGCUCCACACUGCUCAGGAUUCCCUGAGAGCAGGGGUUCUUUGCGUGGGGGACAAGGCCAUGCUGAAAGUGGAGGAGCCAAUCCUCUACCCGACCAAUGAGGUGGAGUACCGCAACUUCUUGAACAACGCCACGCCCGGAGAGUUCGAUGGCACGCGCAUCCGUCGUGGCCCGAGCUCGGCAGCCUGGGAAGCGCCCCUGCGGGACCCAUGCGCCACCUUUGAGUACAAGGCCAGCGGCUUGGACAAGCUCGACCCCCCGGAGCCCUUCAAGCAGCGCUACAUGCCCAACGCCACCGGCGAAGUGAUCCCACACAAGUUUGUGUUGCCGAAGGACGAAGCCGAGUUUCAGAAUUCCUUGAAGCCAGGCUCCUUCUGGAGAAUCAUGGAGUACCUGGCAUCGCAGAAGGUGAAUGCGGUGAAGACGCUACCAAACGGGGAGGAAACGUACCAGCCUCAAGUCAUCAAGAUGUUGACGCAUGUGGUCCGUUCCAUUCCCGCCACCGUCCUGGCCGUGUACCCGGACCAAACCUGUGAUGUCGAGUUGGCUCCCAACUUCGUGGAGAUGUGGGAGAUGGCCCCGCACAAGGCCUUUGGGCUCCUGGGCGCCGCAGCGAUCGGCGAGCACACGGACAUCUCGGACACUGCCAUCCGCAGUGCUCCGGUGGGCGCUGGGGACGUCGGGGAGCGGGUCCGUAGGCGUGUUCUGCUGAAGGGGCUACCAAUCACCAGCCUCACCAGCGUGCAGUCUGCCAGCUUCAAUGUCUAUGACGCUGCCAUCACCACGACGGAUGAGAUCGUCCACAUCCACCCGCACAAGGCCGGGAAUGACUACAACCCGCGCUUGAUUGAUGGAGCCGUGGAUGACAUGCAGAUGCUCAGUGGCCACCGCGGAAGCUACCGCAUUGCAGCUGGGCCUUUGCCCGUGGAUGCCAACCCAACAGACUGCCAGUACGAGUGGUCACUGUGCUUGAAUGCCAAGGAUGAGGCAGACAUGUACCACUUCAUCACCGUGCUGCGGCAGGCUGCUCGCAUGGACAUCAGCGAGCAGGUGAAAAAGCUGCAGGAGUUCAAGAAGAAGAGCGCCUUUGCCCUGAACAACCGUCCCUACCUGGACUCCCAGAUCUACUCUACACAGAGUGGGCACCUAGAGGUGAUCUUGGUGGAGGCCAGGCAUCUCAGGCCCACGCGCGUGCAGCAGGAGCAGGACUGGCAGGCCUCCGUGCAGAAGAGUUUGCAACUCGAUCUCCAGACGGAGGCCAGCUUCUCCUUGCUGAACAGCGAGGAGGGUCGCAGGAAGGAGCUGAUUUACAAGGGCUCCAAGGUUCAGAUGUCACCCGCGCUCUCGGGCAGCAACCCGAGUUGGGGGGACCAAGAGCAGCUCAAAGCCUCCGGAGGCUGGGUGUUCAAGAGCCCUUUGCUUGAGGCUCGGAGCAUGCCGAAUCUCUACUUCGAGCUGGAGCUCACCUCCCGGACGCUGCAGCACGUUGGGCAAACGGAGAAGCUGGGAAUGAUCCGGAUGGCGGUCUUCGGGGCCCACUUCAUGCCACAGUUCUUGGGGGGUGCUCCCACCCUGGACCUCAGCGACCACAAGAAGCCCUUCAACAACCUUUGGAUCCCUUUGUCCAAGAAUGAGAAGGGGGAGCUGGUGCCCAAGCCCUAUGGGGAGCUGCACAUCAUGACGAUCUGGAGGCCCUCGCAGGAGACGGCCAUGACCCGAAGGCUGCCCAGGAAGGUGCAGGUGUGGCAGAGCUACGAGCUCAAGCAGGCCAUGAAGAACACCUCCAUGCACGAUCCCCUCUACGAAAUCCAGGCCUUCAAGCAAGGCUACGACCCAAACCUCUACCAACUCAAGGGCGAGCAGCCCGAGUCAGUGAGCCAGGCCAACUUCAGCCACAUGCAGAAGAUGUUCGAGAGCGUCCCUUACCUGGACUGCUGCGAGCGUCAGCAACGUGCCGCCUGGCGGGACUACCGGCGUAAGCUGAAAGAGCUGCAGGCCCAGAAAGGGGGCCAGCCGGUGUCGCUGAGCAGCUGGCGCCAGGACUGGACGCAAAGCCAGGCAGCCAAACAGCUGUGGGAGCUGGACGAGAUGCUUCGCCGCGGGGUGCCCGCCGGCAUCCGGAACCAUGUGUGGUCGGAGAUUACCAGCGCGGACGUCCUGCAAACGGAGUUUCUGGACUCCUUUGCUCCCAAAACGUCACCAGACGAUCCAGUGAGGCGCAAGCUUCUUGACCUCCUGGAAAAUGAUGAGCGGGCGUACAUCCAGCAGCACAAAGGGACGGCUGCCGACCAGAAUGCCAUCUACCAAAGGGCCAUCUACCGAAGGCUGCUGGAGAUCGGCCGGCCCUACCGAAGCGAUGCCAUGGGACAGCUGCAUGAGGACCUCGUCACAGCUUCAUCCUGGGAAAAGCCGACGCACCACGCCACCAUGGCCCGCCACUUCCGGCGCCUCAAGAGGGCCGAGGACAUCUGCGUGGCGCUCAUCGCCUUCUCCAAGGACAGUUUGGGAGACCAGGCCUCGGAUGUGCCCAACUGCUGGGAAAUUCGGCAGGCUCAGGGCGGUGGCGUGGCAUACUGCGAGUCCCUGUUGAUUCUGGCGUUCUUCCUGCUCGUUGCCCAGACACCCACCAGCAAGAGCGAGGAGGAGGGCGACCCGUGGGAUUUCUGGGACUAUGAGCCUCCGAGGCCCGAGUCGGCCGACCCGGAAGACGAGGAAGUGGAGAAGCAGCGGAAGCUCAGGGAGACGCCAAGGACGAAGUCUGAGGUGGAUGAUGAGGUGCAGGCAUUCUGGAUCCUCUUUGCCAUUACGUCGGGCGCGGGUCGGCAGCCGUUCAGGGACUACUACGGGGUGCCCAAGCGCCGCGCAGUGCCGCGACCCACGCACACCGCCAGCUCCAGCCAGCCUGGAAGCCCCGCGCACAGCACUGUGGUCAGCAACGAGCCCGGCAUCGAGGAGCAGCCCAUCGCGGAGCGGCGCGGUGCCAUGGAUGACUUGCUGCGACUGAACUUCAUCUUGUCCCGACUGGAACCAGAGCUUUGGGUACACCUCAGUGCCCUGGGAUUCCAUCCCUCCAUGGUCUUCUACGGCUCCUUCAUGCGGCUCUUCGCCUUCACGUUGCCUGUCACCAGCCUCUUCCGGAUGUGGGACAUGCUGCUGGGCGAAAGCUGCCGCAGCGACCUCCCGGCCAAUAAGCCCGCACGUCACGGGCUCAUCGACCUGGCCUAUGCAGGUUUGACGGCUUGCAAGGACUCGCUCAUGAAGUGCCAGAGCGCCUCGGAAGUGCAGAGCUGCUUGCAAACCUUCUACGAGUCGAUCUACGACCCUUCCAACCUCGUGGAGCUGGUUGCGGCCGCAGAGUACAAGCUCUGGGACAAGGAUGCUUCCAUGGCGAAGCUUGGGGUACCAUCUGGCCAUUUUAUGGACUACGAGAACUCACAAAAGCACUGGGACCGCUACCAGCUUCACUACCGGCGCCAGAACUACGUCCUCCGUGAGCUGUGCCAGGAUGUGAACAUCUCAGGCAUGUCUCCAUCGACAGUGGCGUCAAACACCAAUGUGAGCGGCGCGAACAACACCUCCGCCAUGAGGAAUGGCGUUGCCGUCGACCAAAGGGUCACGACAAGAUCGGUGAUGAAAAUGUUCAACCAGUUUGUGCAGCACUUCAACAGCAACCCGAUGGUCACACACAGUUCCGGAAUCUUGAGGCAGAUGCCGGUGGAGCUAAUCAAGACAGUGCCCGAAACAGAUGGGACGGUGCAGGGACAGGUCUGGUCUUGGAUCUCAAAGUGGAUGGAGCAUUCCCAAGUGGUGCAUCAGACUGUGGGCCCGACCAAGACCCCGAUCAGCCAUCCCGUGGCCGUCAAGCCCUUGCCAGGAGGAGUGGUGGAACCCGCACUAUUGGACAGGGGCGCCUGGCUGAUGACGGUGCAGAAGCUCCUCGGGAUCGGGGAGAACCAGGCCCCUGGAACGCCGGCGCAGAGCGCUUGGCAGAAAUGGGCUCCAGAGAUCUGGGAGAGGUUCAACCUUGACCCGCUGGAGAAGAGGAUGAGCAUCCUGGAGUUUUUCAUGGGCCUGAUCUGCUGCUCGAAGGGCACGGUGUCGGACAAGGCCAUCGCCCUCUUCCAUCUCUAUGCCCACAAUGGCCAGGAGCUGCAGGUACAGCAUAUCAAGCCUAUCUCCCGGGCCACGGCCAUCAUCAUCGAGCGCAAUGAGGGCAAGAACCAGGAGGACGUCCAGUUCCUCAGGGCUCCAAGCGACGAGGAGGUCAAGACCAUGGCUUUGCAUCUGAAGGUUUGGGUCUAUGCCUUGGGCGCGAGUCGCCAGGACGAGAAGAUGAUUGGAGAGGUGUUCGUGCCCAGCCUUGUCCCGUACGUCACGACCUCUCUGGUUGGUGGCCUGGUGGGUUCGGACCCCAAGACCUUCACGAUCUGGGGGCCGGAGAAGCAGCUUCCGCCAGGGUUCUCACGAGAGCAGGAUCCAUCUUUGCUGACUGAGCACGGUGUGCGUCCGAUGGUUGGGGACAUGCUGCUGGACCUGAAGUGGAUGCCGGCGAGCGCCCAGCAACCCGAGGUGGGCCAGCUGGGAAUUACGCUCCACAGCGUGAAGCUGAACCUGGAUGCACCAGAAACCAAGAACCCCAGGGUGGAGGUCGUCACCUACACAGAGGCCAACCUGACCGAAGUGCGGCUGAAGCGCUGGGAUCCUCGAAGCACCAUGCGGAAGAUCUCACACCAGCUGGCCAUGGCGCCGCCAGUGACCGAGCACGUGCAGUUCGAUCGCACCAUGCGACGGGAGCCAUCGACUGGACGACUCUUCAAGAAGGUCGGGGCCGGUGAUCAUGGCUGGAACAAGGAGGAGAAGGCGUGGAAGUGGGCAUCCCAGUGGGGCGCCCAGUACUCUGUGGAACGCACGACCUUCCGCAAGGCCGUCUGCGAGAGAGCGGCGGUGGUUACGUCAGGGAACAACAAGCCCAACCUCAUCACGAUCCAUGCGUGCCGCCUGGUCACGGCGGGGGUCUUGGCCCGAAGCCUGCAUCCAGUCACGCAUCGCCAAUCCAUGCAAAUCGCGGAGGAUAUCUUCAGCAGGUGCAGGGCCGUGCCAGGUAUCUUGGAUGCGAUCCUCAUCGAAGGUGACUGUGCUGGGGCGAGCGAGAACCUUGCAAAGGCCAAGGAGGAGUUUGCUGAGAAGGGCACGAGCUGGACGGAUGUUAAGAAGAAUAUGAUUGUGGCUCACGAGCUUCAUAUAGCGAUGACCAAUUUCGGAAUCGACCUCUUCACUCCUGAGAGCAACCGCGACAUUGGCAAGGAGCUUCAGCUGAGCAUGCUGGAGAUCCCUGACCCCUAUCCAGAAAAGGUGAAGACCCUGUGGCUGCGCUACUGCCGGUCCGGGGACGGCCAGCGCUACAACGCUCGGAUCCCGGUGGACGCCAGCGGCGCCCUCAAAGGCGGCGAGGUGCGUUUCGACAUGAAUCUUCCCAACGCCACGGCGACGGAGGAAGAAGCCUCGCAGGUGCAGCUGUACCUCACGAAGCAGGAAUUUGUGAACUGCCUGAUGUCCAGCCCGCUCCUGAGCGAGACUUUGAGGCAGCUGUCGACCACGGACAACGGCACCACGAACGUGCCAGAAGGGGUUCCCAUCAGACUGGACGUUACCAUCGCUGACCCAACGAAGGAGGCAGCCGAUGCAGAUCUCAUGGACACGCUGAAUGUGAGGCAAGCGGUGCUGCUCGAGAUCUGGGACUCGGACCUCGGCAAGCAAGACGACUUCCUCGGCGAAUGCUGGCUGCCACCGCUGGGAUCACUGACCGAGGGGACCAAGCGCUACAUCCUUCCUGUGCAGAAUGCCGAGCCGGGCUUCUCUCGAAAGCACAACAAGAAGUUGGCCAAGAUGAACUGCGAAGGCCACUUGAUCGUCGAGGCCUCUUGGAUCUUCCCAUCUGUGAAGGUAGACCCGCUUCCAGAGGGGGCAAGCAUGGAGGAGCGCGUCAAGCGCGAGGAGAUGCUGCACACAGGCAAGCUCAAGCUCAAGAUCCUCAAGGCCGAGGGUCUCCGUGGGGCAGACAGGAGCUACAGAAGGGAGGGCAGCGACCCGUACGUGUGCAUGUACGUCAAGAAUGAGUCCAUCGGUGCGUCGGAUAAGGCCAGCAUUCCUUCGGGCUUUGAUGAGGAGGGCUGGCACAUGACCGCCCUUCGGCGCCAUGAGUGCUAUUGGACCACCGCGACGAAGAAGGCGACUCGCAAUCCUGAAUGGAACGAGGAGAAGGAGUUCACGUUCAGGACGGGUGCCUUCGAGAGGCGCACGAAGCAAGCCUUCCACCUGGACAUCACCUCUGGUCAGGCGAAGCGGCAUCAGGACGACUACUACACCGCGGUGCUGGGCACAAAAGAAGAGCUUCACAUCCAUUUCGGGGAUGAUGAGCUACAGAAAAAGGAGAAAAAGAUCGGAUACCGCAGCGAUGUCCCUAUGCUUUUGGGGGACAACAUGAACCAGUUCAAAGACAAGCUGUCGCAGGCUUGUAAGGAGCUGGCACGGGAACUGCUGAAGCAGUUGGACGAUGAGAAGGCGAAGGACCCGAACGCGGAUAAGAAGGAGGCCUUCAAGAAGAGGCGCAAGCAUGUGAUGCAGUUGGAAGCUGCUGCUCGGGACAUGUCCUAUAGGCACAGCGUCAUGGUCUUCGUGCCUUCGAAGAAGCUACGAGAGCUGGCGCAGCGUGGCACGGACGGCUGGAUGAGCUACGAGUACAGGAGGCUUGACGCGGUGGAGAUCCAGGAUCCGUCGUCGUGGCAGCCGCUGGACACCGUCUGCACCUUCGGGCACUACGGAAGCCUGUACAGCUUCGGACGCAACGUGCCGCAGCGCCUGAAGGUGGCAGAUAGCACGGAUGUGUCGCGGUUGAAUAACAACCGCAUGCGCCUCUUCGAGAAGCAGCAGAAGAAGUACAUGGAGAUCUUGGCAGACACCAACACUCCCAACAAGUGCUUUGGUUAUGCCAAGUUCCACCACCCCUCCGACAUGUCAUCGGAAGAGUGGCGGCCCGCCUUGAUCGACCGCUCCGAGACCGUCGGAACCAGCAAGCGCAAGUACAAAGUGUCCUAUGUGUUCUCUCCUUACGUCGCUGUGCCUGCGGAGUCUGGCUUGGAACCGGGUCCCAGCUACCAGGAGGAGGUGGACGAGGAGGGCGUCCUCCUAGCUCCAAGCAAGCCGAAGAUCCGGGACGUGGUGCACAGUGAGCACAAGGAACUCCUGGCUCGUGCGAAGCUCAUGAAGGACCAGGGCAUGCAAGAGGAGGAGAUCGUCAGGCUUCUGAACCAGGACCUGAAAAAGAACUUCGAGAAGGCGAAAGAAGCCAACGAGGACGGGGCGGCCAUGACGGCGCCGCCCAUGAUCUCGCUGGCGGACGUGCAAGAUGAAAUCAAGCGGUCAAAGGAGGCAGAGGCGGAGCCCGCCGCGGACGGCCAGGGCCAAUGA